GCGUCUUUUUUCUAAACGAGUCAUAUCGAUGCCCAAGCUGCCAUGCAAUUCAUCUCGCAUCUAGUCAAACGUUCUAGUCACACCGGAUCUGCCAGAACUAGCCUAGAGUGCGGCUCUCUCGUUGUUCUGAGGCUAUAUAAGCGGGUCAUAACGAUAGCGACUGUCGACCUCGACGGCAUUCCUGGACGAGCAAGACGAUCCAUUAGCACAUUUCUGAAAGCCCCUCCGUGCCGGGCGACAACAUGACUACCGUAACAUCGCCAUCGAGGCGGAAUGCCGGCUUUCGUAAACAACUCUUUACCCUCAUGUUCAUCCGUACGGUCGAACCUUUAUCCAUCUGUCAACUAUUCGCCUACGUCAAUCCGAUGACAGAAUACCUCUUACCUUCAACGGACAAGGCCGAUAUAGGCAGGUAUUCGGGGGCGAUCGAGAGCGCUUUUGCGAUAGGGAGCUUCCUGUUCGCCUUUCAGUGGGGAAGGUUGAGUGAUCGGAUCGGGAGGAGGCCGGCGAUCUUGAUGGGCAUGAUGGGGAUCGCUCUGUCGGUCCUCGCCUUUGGGCUCAGUCGGAACUUUUAUUUUUCGCUGGUCGCUAGGUUCUUGGGAGGAGCUUUGUGUGGGAACGCCUCGGUCAUCCGAGCGACAUUGGGAGAGAUCACACCGCCCGAAGCCGAACACUGGGUGUACCCUCUGUAUACUGUCAUCUGGGACGUUUCCGUUAUCGUCGGACCCAUACUAGGAGCUACCUUGGCUGAUCCAGCUCGACAGUACCCGGGGACUUGGUUUGGCAACAUCAAGCUUUUCCAGGACCAUCCUUUCCUUCCCCCUUGCGCUCUCAUUGCAGCUAUGGCUAUGGCGGCUGCAGCGGCAACGUUGUUCGUAUUAGAAGAGAGUCUCGAGACGCAUGAGAGUUUACAAGCUGGGGAUGGGCAAGAGACACCGGCUUACGAAGACACGGCUCUGUUAUCAACACCUCGACGAAGGCCCGCUUCGAUAUCGACCACGCAACUCUUAUCGUACCCUGCUGUGCAACAGGUCCUUGCAGCCUUCUUCCUGAUGGCCAUUAUCAGCAUGGGCUUCGACGCCCUGUUCGUCCUCUUCUGUUACUCGCCCAAGGACAUCUACGGUAUCGAGAUCAAGCCAAGCGGGAUCGCUCAAGCCUUCGCAUUCAAGGGCUUCUUCUCGAUCGCAUUCGCCGCCUGUAUCCUCCCGCUGCUGCAACGUCGACUAGGUGUCCUCAAGCUUUACAACGCGCUCAAUCCGUUCUGGGCCGUCUCGUUUGCUUUGCCGUUGGUCAUGAACGUCCUGGCGAGGCAGGAACACGGGUGGGUGGUCGAUGGCGAGAUGAGAAAGAUGUGGGCUUUGAUGAUCCCGUUGAUGAUCACCUAUACGCUCGGAGAUCUGGCAUGGGCCUCUCUUUCGGUCAUCGCCAACAACUCGGCACCGGUAAAAGGAUGCCUGGGGGCUCUGAAUGGUAUCGCCAUCUCUUGUUCGAGUCUCGGUCGAGCUGUCGGUCCCGCCUUUGGAGGCCUACUUUACAGCCUGAGCGCGAGGUCUCACAUCCCCGUUGUCUGGAUCGUCUUCAUCGGUCUGAGCGCAUUGACGAGCAUUCAAGGUUGGACUCUCCAGCCGACCGCUCGAGCUCUUUCGGACGAUGAGGAGGGCAAGGAUGAGAGACCCGAGUCGGGUAGCGCUGGAUAUGGCGCUCUCGAGACCACCGGUGAAACGGUGCGUAAACCGGUGUUCACGGUUGUCGAGGCAAAGACAAGGGCGGAAUGGUUGGAAUGUGUCGGUAUCCGGAUAGAGGUGUUUAUCGACGAACAGGGAUAUGACAUGGCCGAUGAGGUGGACAAGUAUGACGAAAAGGACGUAUCGGUCCAUUUCUGCCUCUACGCGCAGGAUGAUCCAGAAAAGGCUGAGCGGGGAGAGAAGGGCGUGCCAGCUGGGACGGUCCGGGUCGUCAAGAGUUCUUUAAAACUCGGACGACUAGCCGUGUCCAAAAACUACCGAGGGUACGGGCUUGGGAAGAACCUUGUUCAGGCUGUACACGACUGGGUGAAGGUAGAAGGACAUAGGGGCUAUAUCGGCCAAGAAUCAGCUAGCGGCGGUGACGAGCAAGGCGCAGGGAGGAAGGUGACGAUCAAGUUGGAAGCGCAGUUACACGCGAUCAAGUUUUACGAAAAGAUGGGGUAUCACAUCGUCGGGGAAGAAUUCAUUUGUGACGGGCAACCGCAUAUAUUGAUGGUACAGGAUUUCGAGGUCUCCUAGACGGGGAGUCACGCAUUGAUAGUAAUCAAGAGCGGGGCUGUCUACGUCAACGACGACGUUGUCCUCGCAGCGUGUACAUACGUGUGUGUGUCACAUGUCAUAGUCAUUGCUUUUAGGUUUCCCUCGAGUCUC